CUAAUUAAACAUGGCGUUAUGCGCGUUGUCGGCUGCUGUCGAAAAGUGCACCCAGAACUAUAGUUCUUUUGCGAUUGAGAAAGCAAGAAAAACGGAAACGAUGAUAUCGCAGAUAGACGUAGUAGAGACGACAGAGAAGUAUGAGGAAUUCUUCAAACGAUACCUGUUAGCAAAUAGGCCGUGCAAGAUAUCAUCUAUUGCAACAAGAGAUUGGAAGAGUUCCCGUUGGGUAGACAGCCACGGAAAGCCGGACCUACAGUAUAUUCGGGAAACGUUCGGGCUCGCCGUAGCACCUGUCGCCGAUUGUAGCAUCAAGUCGUACAAUUCCCAACUGAAGUCUGACAUGACAGUGGCUGACUUUGUUAGUUACUGGGAGAAGGUCAUGAAGAAUGGCCACGACUACUCAGAGACUCCUUGUCUUUAUCUGAAGGAUUGGCACUUAGUGAAGGACUUCCCUGUCUACCACGCAUACAACACACCAACCUUCUUCACAUCAGACUGGCUUAAUGAAUUCUGGAUGCAAAGAACGGACCUUAAUGACGACUACCGUUUUGUCUACAUGGGGCCAAAGGGGAGCUGGACCCCAUUUCAUGCAGAUGUCUACGGCUCGUUCAGCUGGUCAGCCAAUGUCUGCGGACGAAAGUUGUGGUACAUCUUUUGUCCCGGUGAUGAGAAAUAUCUAGAGGAUAAGCUGGGAAACUUGGCUUAUGACAUCACUUCCCCAGACCUGCACAAUUCUGCAGAGUUCCCAAACGCGUACAAGCUUAGGAACAGCGACGGAAGCCUUGGCAUUACCACCGUGCAGGAACCUGGCGAAGCUAUUUUUGUUCCCAGUGGAUGGCAUCACCAGGUCUAUAACUUGGAAGACACGAUAUCCAUCAACCACAACUGGUUCAACGGGUGCAACAUCGACUUGGUAUGGCGCAAACUGUGGCAUGCCCACCACGAUGUUGAAGAAGAGAUCUCUGAGCUACGCGGUUCUGAAAACUGGCACGAACAGUGUGAGAUCAUUCUCCGAGCACAUCACGGCCUCAACGUGUCAGAAUUCUGUUGGCUCUUGGAAGUGAUUGCCAAAACAAGGUUGCGACUGCUGGAGUCUGAAGACUUCGAAUCUGGCAAUGAUCCGACAUGUUCGAAGUGGCAUGUAUUGUUUGAUCUGGUGCAGGUUCUUGCAACAUGGAGGAAGAUGCUAACAGAUGCUGAGGAAAUUUUAAGUGUGGUGGACUUUAAUAGAGACAUUGUUGGGGAGAUUGUUUCUACGCUGAACAGUCACUCUUCUACUGAAUUUUCCUGUCUGUUUGAUAGUUAACGUAGGAAUGCUGUUAUAAAUAAGAGAUUUUGUAACUGUUGUGUGACUCAUCACUGUAUACUAUUUGUGGCUCAUUAUAUGUGUGAUGUAUGCACUG